AUGUUCAGACAAGCUUCUCGCCUCCUCUCCCGAUCUGUCGCCGUCGCAUCGUCUAAAUCGGUGACGUCUCGUGCCUUUUCAACGGAACUUCCGUCGACACUCGAUUCGACUUUCGUCGAGGCAUGGAAGAAAGUCGCACCGAACAUGGACCCACCUCAGACUCCUUCUUCCUUCAUGAAACCUCGUCCUUCGACUCCUUCUUCUAUUCCGACCAAGCUCACCGUCAAUUUUGUCCUACCUUACGCAUCUGAGCUUUCCGGGAAAGAGGUCGACAUGGUCAUCAUCCCUGCAUCGACAGGUCAAAUGGGUGUUUUGCCCGGACACGUUCCAACAAUCGCUGAGCUGAAACCUGGUAUCAUGUCCGUCCACGAAGGCACUGAUGUGAAGAAAUACUUUGUAAGCAGUGGUUUUGCAUUCCUCCACGCAAAUUCAGUUGCUGACAUUAUUGCGAUUGAGGCCGUGCCGCUUGAACAAAUUGACCCUAGCCAAGUCCAAAAGGGUUUAGCUGAGUUCACACAGAAACUUGCUUCUGCCACAACAGAUCUUGAGAAAGCAGAAGCACAGAUUGGUGUUGAGGUUCACAGUGCUAUCAAUGCAGCUCUCUCGGGCUAA